AUGGGCCGUCGCUUAACACAACAGUGGGUAGUCGAUGGUUAUGUUAAAGUUGAGACAGACAGAUUAAAAUAUUUGAAAAAACAACAGCCGAAACUGCGAGCAGAAUCUUAUCAAGGUUUAAUAGAUCAUCUACGAUCGCAAAAUGCUGUUAAUAACACAAAUUCGAAUAUUGGAAAAAUUAUUAUUUUACCGUCAACUUUUCAUGGCUCACCAAGAAAUAUGAUGCAACAUUAUCAAGAUGCGAUGUCUAUCGUUCGCAAAUUUGGAAAACCUGAUUUAUUUGUUACUAUGACGUGCAAUCCAAAGUGGCGGGAAAUUUCCGAAAACUUAUUACCAGGACAAACUGCAUCUGAUAGGCCGGAUUUAGUUGCACGUGUCUUCAAUAUUAAAAAAAAUGCUUUAAUUAAUACAAUUGUAAAAGAGCAUCUUUUUGGAGAAGUUGCAGCUUUCAAUUGGGUCAUAGAAUUUCAAAAACGUGGUUUGCCUCAUUUACACAUGUUAAUAACAUUGAAAAGUAAUUCUAAGAUAACGAGACCUGAACAAGUUGAUACAUUAAUCUCUGCAGAAAUUCCAAACCCUAUUGAUGAUCCAACUUUAUUUGAUAUUGUUACAAAAAAUAUGUUGCAUGGUCCUUGCGGAGAUUGGUGUUUAAUCAACGGCAUUUGUUCGAAGAAAUUUCCCAAAUCUUUUCGAAAUGAAACUACAAUGGAUGCAGAUGGUUAUCCUUAUUAUCGUCGUCGUGACGAAGGAAUUACAUUUUCACGAAAUAAUUGUGUAUUUGACAAUAGUCAUGUUGUACCAUACAAUCCUGAAUUAUUAAAAACUUUCAAUUGUCACAUUAACGUAGAAGUUGUAUGCUCAGUGAGAGCUGUUAAAUAUUUAUUUAAAUAUGUUUAUAAAGGCCAUGAUAAAGCAGCAAUAAUAGUAAACGGAAGCAUACCAAAUACUACAGAAGAAGCUCAUGCGUCCCAUGAUUCUCGUGAUGACCCUGAUAAUUUCAAUACCGUUAACGAUUAUGAUGAAAUACGUAAUUUUGUUGAUGCUCGUUACGUUGGGCCUGUAGAAGCUGUUUGGCGUAUUAUAUCAAAAGAUCUUCAAGACAAAAGUCAUUCUAUAAUUCGGUUACCAGUACAUUUACCAAAUGAACAAAGUAUUACUAUUAAUGAUAAUUGUACUAAAGAAGAACUUCAAGAGGCUUUAGAGAAAAAAUCCAUGUUAAUUGAUUUUUUUAAAUUAAAUGAACGUGAUCCAAAUGCGCGCCAAUAUGUUUAUGGUGAUAUUCCAAAUCAUUAUGUUUUUAAAAAAGACGAUGAAACUAAAAUUUCAAGUUGGCGACCGCGAAAAAAACAUCAUAACGUUAUUGGACGAAUGUAUUCAAUUAGUCCUGCUCAAGUUGAAUUAUUUCAUCUAAGAUUAUUAUUAAUUCACAUCAAAGGUGCAAAAAGUUUCGAAGAACAUUCAAAUAAAUGA